AUGGAAAAAUCCAAAAAUUUCCGGAUCGAUGCUCUCCUAGCAGUCGACCCUCCCAAAGCAGCCUCCGCCGCCUCCGCACAGACCUCACCGCUGGCCUUGGUCACCUCCCUCGCGAACACAUCUGGCCACAGCAGCAGCAGUAACAGCAGCAGCUGCAGCCCCCCGUCCUCCUCCGAGCGCCACAGCGGCGGCUCCUCGGACUGCCUGCGGACUGAGAGCCCUUCGCCGCCGCGGAUCCUCGCCGCACAUUGCGGGCUGGUGCCCAAGCCCGGGUUCCUGACCAGCACCAGCAGCGCCAGCAGCCAUCACCACCACCAUCACUCCGCCGGGGGCAUGGCCCUAGGACUGCACCAGGGGGGAGCGGGCAUCCCCACCCAGGCUGCCCUCUACGGGCACCCCAUGUACAGCUAUUCGGCAGCCGCUCUGGCCGGGCAGCACCCCGCUUUGUCUUACUCCUACUCCCAGGUGCAAGGGGCUCACCCUUCUCACCCUGCCGCAGACCCCAUCAAACUCAGUGCCGGCACUUUUCAGCUGGAUCAGUGGUUACGAGCAUCCACAGCGGGCAUGAUCCUCCCUAAAAUGCCGGACUUUAACUCCCAGGCGCAGUCCAACCUGCUGGGGAAGUGCCGGCGGCCCCGCACCGCCUUCACCAGCCAGCAGCUGCUGGAGCUGGAGCAUCAGUUCAAACUGAACAAAUACCUCUCCAGGCCCAAGCGCUUCGAGGUGGCCACGUCUCUCAUGCUCACGGAGACCCAGGUGCGUAUUAUGUGGUCCAAUCGAAAAGCGGAAGUUAAAAAGCCAAGGAGCAGGGCGGCGCAGGAGGCCGAGAAUCAGAAGCAACGGGGCUGGGCGGCGAGGACAAAGGUUGACGCGGAGUGCUGCUGCGGCCCGAGAAGAGCGGCCGGCCGCCGGUCUGGGGAGCUCAGGGUACAGCGACCCGAGGGAGAAGAGAGUGUCUAUGCCUGCCCCUACAACUCCUCAGACUGCUCCGAGGGUGACGGGAGGAGAACACAGCCCCGCAGCAGGCAGCCGCCCCCGGCCAGGGCCCCAGUGAGCGACAGGGGGCUCCCUUCUCCUUGUUGCGGCUGCUGCUGA